UGUGUGUUGUGUACUUUCCUAAGAAAAAGUGAAAGGGUGAGCCUAGGCCUAGCACUGAACAAUAAAAAACGAUGUCAAGACAAGGAGGCAGAACAACAGAUUCUAAAAAAGUGAGCCAAGAGCUGUUUACUUUGACGUAUGGAUCUUUGGUGGCACAGCUUGUCAAAGACUAUGAAAGUGAUGAGGAAGUAAACAAACAACUUGAUAAAAUGGGAUACAAUAUUGGAGUGCGGUUAGUGGAGGAUUUUCUUGCCAGAUCUAACAUUGGUAGGUGUCAUGACUUUAGAGAAACAGCUGAUGUAAUUGCUAAGAAUGGUUUUAAAAUGUUCCUUGGUAUAACUCCAACUGUGGCUAAUUGGAGUGCAGGUGGAGAUGAGUUCUCUUUGAUAUUGGACAACAAUCCUCUUACUGAUUUUGUAGAGCUUCCAGAGGAACACAAUAAUCUGAAUUACUCAAAUUUAUUAUGCGGUGUCAUUAGAGGUGCUUGUGAAAUGGUUCAAAUGGAAGUGAAUGUAAGAUUUGUUCAAGAUGUACUUAAAGGUGAUAAUCAGACAGAAGUUAGAGUUAAAUUUAUCAAAAGACUGGAGGAUGCAUUACCAGCAGGGGAGGAGUGAAACCUGAAUGAACCGCUGGAAACUAAACUACAAAUAAUUUGCAUUUUAUUCAUGAGCAUAAUGGCAGCAGAUAUAACAUUUAUGUGAUUUGUUGAUAAAACUGUGGAGAUUUUAAAGUGACAGUUCCUUAUGUUCAUGCAAAAUUUAGUUAAGCCUGUUGGGAAACAGGAAACAUCCUGUAUUGUCCUGUCUUUUAUUGGCUGUAAUGGAGCGCUUCGUCCCAUUUUUUUUUGUAAGAUAUACCUGAUGAUCAUCAGAAUGUAUUGAAUUGUGUGACUGGAACACAUGACCACAAAGGACUAACACAUGUGUUGAACUUAAUAUGAGACAAUGAGACUUAUGUUUGGCGUUGCAUGUAAUGAACCUUUCCACGGUGUCAAUCAAACCUAACAAUUGACCAAUCAGAACAGGGGCCAGGAAUAUGCACAUGUCCCACAAACAGACGUGUUAUCCCACAAACUCACAUGCAAUUCUUUUAUCCACAAAAAUCAUAAAAUACAAGAUAAUAUCAAUAAAAUAAACACGAGCUUCAAGCUCCUCAAGUUUGGUUUAACAGUAAGCGCUAUACAAAUUGCAAAUUAUUAUAAUUAUUAUUGCAUACAGUAUAUCUUUACACUUGUUUUGUGGGACCUUAGCAACAAUAUCCAAGGGGCGGGGCUUAGCGGAAAGCCUAGGUCCAUUGAAUAUCCAAGGGGCGGGGCUUAGCCGAAAGCCUAGGUCCAUUGAAUAUCCAAGGGGCGGGGCUUAGCCGAAAGCCUAGGUCCAUUGAAUAUCCACAAUGUCAAACCUAUUGGAAACAUAUAACAUCAAGCCUAUUGUUGGUUACAGUUUGCUAAUCACUGGGAAACAAGCUGAAGCUUCCUCCACAGUGCAAUCCAUGUACAUCAUGCAUCAUUCAUGGUUUGUUGUGAUCAACAACGGAUGACUGGACUGGAUUGGUCAGAAUAUUAUUUAUCGCAUGAAGUUUUUGGAAGUAGAAUAUAAUUCUAUGUUGCAUAUCUACAUUGUGGAUCAUAUGGAAAAUAAUUGGUUCCAACCGCUUUGUUACUGUCGUGUCCCAAUGCUGCACUCCGCACUCUUGAUAAAUAGGCAUUUGUUACACUGCCAAUUAGUGGUGUAUCUACAGUAGGAGACUUGAAAUGUGGGUGUUGAUGGGUGGGGGGAUUGAAGAUUAGUCAAGGGGGAGCUAGUUCACAAAAUUUGGUGAUUUGAGGUGAUUUUUAACUACUUGAAGGGCGUCAUUAUUUUGGAGGGGGUCUCCGCACCCCACUAGAUACACCACUGCUGCAAACUUAUGUUACAUUCAAGUGGUUAUGUUGGUGUGACUCAGGAAAUUAUUCAAUUUGCACUGGGCUAAAAAUAUACAGGAUGAUUUUGUGCUGCACCCAUGAACACCAGUUUUUGAUAUGUAAAUAUAAUUUUUGGGAAGGAAUUUUUAUGAAUUUGCUAUCAAAUUCAAAGUGGUAGGUUGCAAAAAACGUUCAUUAGAGAAAAGAAAUUAUUUACAUUGAAAAAGCAACCAAAAAAAAAUUAAAAACACUAAAUAUAGAGUAAUACUAAAAACUAUUAUUUAUAAUGAAAUUUAUCUAGUGAGGAUUUUAAUGUAAAAUAUACCCUUUUUACAGCUAGGAUUUUCAGACUUAUCAUUUAACCCUGAAAUGCACAGGAUUUUAGAGAUGAAAAAAUGUAUACUCUGCCUUCUGAGAGCUUUAUUAAUCAAUUAAAUACAAUGGGGGGUUCAGUGGCAGUACCAACAAGGAGUCAAGGGUGUUCUUUUGAAUUUCCCCUGUCAGGCAAGCUUGGACGAGGUUGUCGGACUAAAAUAUUAUUUUGCCGAACCAAAACAAAGUUAUUGUGACUGCAGUCUAACACAGCAGUCUGAAAUCUAAAAUAAUAAUAAUAUGAUUUAUAUAUCACCUUUCCAAAAUGAUCAAGGCACUUCACAAUGACUAAAACCACUUAAUAUCUAAAAAAUAAAACAAAUAUAGAAUCAUUAAAUGCUACAACAGCACCAUUUUGAGCAUCCUAAGACAAUAAAUCUAACCCUCAUAACCCUCACAAGUGAUUUUAAUCUGCGACAGCGGCUGAUUGGUUUAAAUCCCCGGUCGGCAAAUUUCAGUAGCAACCACUGCAGGCAUUAUGAGGGAUGGGUUGAGCACAGCGCAUGGACUUUUAAUAGAGUUGCAGUUUGCCUACUUGUUUAUGCCCUUAAUGUUGUUAUUCACAGACUUCUGAAAUAAAACCCUAAGAUUUUAGUCAUGAGUAACAUUGGUAAUAAAGAUGGUGACACAAAGAACUCCCGCACCCACCCACCCGCCGCCCAAUCAUCCACUUUACUAUCAAAUGUGCUAAUCUCUGCAUAAAUAAUCCAACAAGCUACACGCAGAGCUGCAGCUCCUCUUUUAUUGGUACUACUAUUUUAUUAUCGUAAUUAUUAUUAUAAGUUUAUUUUAUAUAUUUAUUAAGUAGGCCUACUUGUAUUAUUAUUUUAAUUAUUCAUUAUUGUAUUUAAAUUUUGAAUAAUUGGAUAUGUAUAUUUUAUCUGUUUGACCUAUUAAACUAGUGAUGAUAUGGAAACA